AUGAAAUAUUUCCAGUUUUUCUUCCCGUUGACUGAGUUGAUAUGGGCGUAUGCGGAUGAGACGUUUGAGGCGCCUCAAAUCAGCUGUCUGAAUACACCAGUGAGCCGAACAAAGCAGAUUAACACCCUCUUCAUCUUUUCUAUUGUUUGCCAUAUUCUGGCGGUCACCUCUCUGGUAGUCAUCUUCUUGUGUCAUCGACAACGAUCAAGGAUGGCACAUACGUUGACGAGCCGAUUUCAGUUCUCUGAGAACAUGACAUCGUCCCGGUUGUUGAUAACACUUUCCUCUAUACAACUGGUGAUAUUUCUAACGUAUGCUGUAGCAAUAAUGUAUUUGAGAAUAUCAUUCGAUCCAGUCAAAGGGUCAGCGCCAAUGCAAAAGUCCAAUAUUAUGAGUGCUUACUUGGUUCCCUUCUACACAAUUCUGCUACCGCUGAUCACAAUGUUUUUCCUAGUACGAGUGAAACAAACACGGCGAUCCGAUAUACAGUCGAUGGUACAGGUGAAGUCAACUGGUCAAGAGGGUUGGGCAAACUAUGCCACUCAGUUGCAACAACAAUGGAGUUAA